ACUUCGUAUUUUUCAUUGUUGCUAACUCUUUUAGAAAUUGCCCUAGCAUCUGAAUCUUUGUCACAAGAAGAAACUAAUUAUUUUCCAUUUCUAUUAGAAUAACUUUUGAAAUUUCAUUUAAAUAAAUAGGUUAAGAUCUUUUAAACUUUAUAUUUAUCAAUUUCCUUUGAAUAUCAUGUGUUUGUUUACAAUCAUAAUUCAUGGGGUAAAUUUAUAGGUUUUGAUUGGCAUUACUGAAUGGCGAUCGGCUUCAAUCGCCACUUGUGUUUUAAAGGCGUUGUUCAUCAUCAUUUUCUGGCUGUUCGUGUGAAAAGUAAUAAAUUAAUCGGGGAAAACGAUUUCAAAUAUAUUUAAUUUUGAAAGAAUAAGGAGCUUGCCUACAAAAAAAAUACUGGUAGGAAGGCAAUUUCGUAGCGCCAUUUAUAAUUUUUUCGUCCCAGUAGUCGAUUUUGUCGAGUGUGCGGCAGUAAAACACUUUAAAUUGUGUAAGUGAAAAUUGUGGACCUCAAACAGUAGAAGCAAAUUUUCAAUUGUCAAUGGAUGAGGAAAUAAUAUUCUACAAAUAUUUCGGGGUGCGGGUAUGAGUGGUUAGAAAAAAUUCCACAUAGGAAACUGCGAAUGGGCGAUGACAAUGACUGUUGAGUUGUGGUAAUAAUGAAGGUGAUUAUUGUGAUCUUAGAUGCGCUGGCGCUGCGAUGACGUCCGCGAUGCUUCCGUUUCGCGAAGGGUUCCAAAAGAGUUUUGCAGCGGUUGCAGAACCGAUCAGUUAGAUGGAUACCUUGUAAUCGUUAAUGAGUUCAAGAAAUUGGCUAAUACGUUUUUAACAAGAGUAAAUUUUAACAUUGGUGAAUCAAUGACGACGAUUCGAAAAAAGUUGGUGAUUGUUGGCGAUGGUGCCUGUGGUAAGACUUGUCUUCUGAUUGUAUUUAGUAAAGAUCAGUUUCCCGAGGUAUAUGUUCCAACCGUUUUUGAAAACUAUGUUGCGGAUAUUGAAGUUGAUGGUAAACAAGUUGAGUUGGCCUUAUGGGACACAGCUGGGCAAGAAGAUUAUGACAGACUUCGACCAUUAAGUUACCCAGAUACAGAUGUUAUUCUGAUGUGCUUUUCGGUGGAUUCGCCCGAUUCAUUAGAGAAUAUUCCCGAAAAAUGGACUCCAGAGGUUAAACAUUUUUGCCCAAAUGUUCCCAUAAUUUUGGUGGGAAAUAAAAAGGAUUUGCGAAAUGAUCCCAACACUAUUCGUGAUCUGGCUAAAAUGAAGCAGGAGCCUGUUAAGCCUCAAGAGGGUCGUGCUAUGGCUGAGAAAAUCAAUGCCUUCGCUUAUUUGGAAUGUUCAGCUAAGUCUAAGGAAGGUGUAAGAGAUGUCUUCGAAACGGCUACCAGAGCUGCAUUACAAGUUAAGAAGAGGAAGAAGACCAAAUGCCUUUUGCUCUAAAAGAGCAAGCCUAUACAAAACAUAUUACACGUAAAACAAAGCAAAACCACGCACUCCCGAUUUUUUAUUUUCUCUUUUUUUUUAACGAGCGUCAUCAAAUGUUUUUUGAUUGAAUUCUUGAUCAUGAUUAAUUGAUUAUUAACUAAUAAUCGUAUUUUAUUUAAAAGAAACUAAUAUAUAUUGUAUACAUGUAUUUAGCAGUAAACGAAUAAUGUAGAAAUCUAAUUACACAAUAUGCAUUGGAAGAAAAAAUAUUUGAGAGAUCCUAAUAAUUAAGAAUUAAAAAAAAAACAUAGGAAAUUGGGAAUUGUAGGGUUUAAAACAGAAGCGGUAUUUGUGGGUGAAAAAUUGGGAACUGCAACAAAUCUGCAAAAUCUGCAUGCAUACACGCACAUAUGCACAAACACGAGAGUGCAAGCAGCAAGAAAAAGCAUUUAAAAAUAUCAAAACUAUUUUUGAAUGCAUUAGGAUAGAUUUUGUUGUCUCCUAUUAUAAUUUUUUUUUUUGAAAUACAAUAAGUAUAAACACAAAAGAAAAAAGAAAUAAACAACCACCAAAAACAACAAAAAAUAAGUAUUUGUGAAUUUUGCUACAUUUUACUACCAAUAAUAAAUACUAAGAAGAUCGAUGGUAAUAAUUUUGUAAUAUUUAAAACAAAACGUGAAAGCCUACCAUUUUGAAGAAAAAUAUGGCUCAUAAAAAUUUUUAAAACUACGGAUUAUAUAAACAACAAAAUAUAAGAUAUAUAAAAAAUCAACACAUCCAUUUUUCCAGAUAACUGUUUAGCAAUGAGAUCAUUUAAAAGAAAUCAUGAGUAUUUUAAUAAUAAAGCAAACGAAUAAAAAUAAAAGAGACUAAAACUCA